CAUCUACUCGUCUUUCAGAAAAUGAAUACUCUCAGGGCUAUCAUCUUCUCCUUCCUUCUCUUAUUCUCAUUCUCAUGCCUUGCAGCUGUGAGUAGCACCUUAGAGACUUGCACAAAAGCCGUUUGCAUAACCGGCGAGGCCGAAAUCCGCUUCCCCUUUCGGAUAGACAAAAUCCAGCCCGAGACUUGUGGUUUUCCCGGUUUCGAUCUGACCUGUGACAUGAAAGCUCAAACUCUUCUCAAUCUUCCUUCCGGAGAUUUCACCGUCCAGGGCAUAGACUACGGCGAGCAAGAGAUAUGGCUCAACGAUCCAAACAACUGCCUCCCCAAACGGCUCCUCUCUCUGGACCUCAUCGGCUCUCCGUUUCGUCCAGGGUUUAGUGAAGACUUCACCUUCUUUAACUGCUCGCAGGACUACUUGACAUACAAGUACAAGCUAAACCCUAUUGCUUGCAUGAGCGGUCCUAACCGCACGGUUUUUGCCACCAAUUCUGCGACGGUGAUUUGGUACUUGUCGACGUACUGCAGUAAGAUCGGAACUUUUCCUGUUCCGGUUGAGUGGACUUUUCACCAGGUGAUUGCGUCGUCGGAUCUCGACUAUAAUCUCCGGCUAAAGUGGGACCGGCCGGGGUGCGGCAGCUGCGUAGAGCGGGGCGGAACGUGUGGCUUCAAGACCAAUUCUACUAAAGUUGUUUGCUCCAGCAUUCCUCAACGAGGAAUCCCAAGGGGUGCACGCUAUGCUAUUACAGUGGGAGUUGGAGUGCCGGCAAUUUUGUGCCUUCUAGGGCUAUUAUGUUGCAUGUGUGGCAGGAUCAAGACUUUGACAAGGAGAAACACAUCACUCCCAGAAUUUAACUCAAUUGUGGCUCCGCAGCCUGCAAUUGUUAUGGGUCUCGAUGUGGAAACACUUGCAGCCUACCCGAAAAUAGUCCUUGGUGAGAGCCGGCGUCUACCAAAGCCCGAUGAUAUCACUUGUUCGAUUUGCUUGUCCGAUUACCGGCCGAAGGAGACACUGAAGACCAUACCCGAGUGCCAACAUUGCUUCCAUGCUAAUUGCAUCGAUGAAUGGCUUAAACUGAAUGCUACUUGCCCUAUUUGUAGAAAAUCUCCAAAUUAAUUGACACAUCUGUCUGAAAAUGUGUGUUUUUUUUUCUUUCCCCUUCAGGCUAUUUAUUUGGUUAUGGCUCGCUUCUAAAUUGUAAAUAUAUACAAGGAUUCCUUGAUAGCAGUGUAAGAGUCUAGCUAGGUUCUUCAUCAACGU